AUGAGCUCUGAAUUAUGGAAGAGCGCCGUGAACCGCUCACAAAAUCUACUCUCCCCAGCUGAGCAAGAGCAGUAUGGAAAGUGUGGACCAAAGGACCUCCUGAUGGAUUUCCAAUCAUCUACGCUCGAACGGGUUCAUUUAAGCAAGUUCCAUGUCUUCUGCGAACAUAUCGAUCCUCUCCUAGCUAUUAUCGAGUGCCUUGGGAAAUCCAUGAGCAUCGCAGUAGAUAUGCUCUCACCGAUCUGGGUUUCUAUUCGUAUUAUCUUCCAGAUCACGAGAGGCUACAGGGUGUGUUUCAAACAGAUCAUAGCCCUGUUCCAACGCAUCGGGCAAUCGUUACCAAGGCUUCUGGUUUACGAACAUCUAUUUCCUAAGCAUGAACCCAUUCAAGUCGCCAUACUUUCCAUAUACGUUGAUGUCAUCAACCUCGUUGCGUCCGUCCGAGCGUUUGCUGAAAGGCCAACGUUUCGGCUGGUGUGUCGUGUGUUCUGGAAGCCUUUGGAGCAGACAUUCAGUGAAUGCAUAUCUCAUAUCAGUGAUCAGAGCGAGCUAGUUGAGCGUGAAGCCAACGUGGCGCAUAUGCAAGAAGAGUCUCGGACAAGGGCCGAAGUGAGACGUAUACAGGCUAAGGAUUCGCUAGACAAGGCGAAUAGAUGGCUGAACGCUCGACAGUGCCACGAGGAAAAGGAUCCAAUCUCCCUUGCCCAAGGCACGUGUCAAUGGAUCCUCUCGCGACCGGAGCUUUGCCAAUGGACCUCAGAUGAAACCAUUCAAUUACUCUGGAUCGAGGGGCCUCCAGGUUGCGGAAAGUCAACCCUACCGAGAGCGGGUGCAACUAUCCGCUCUCCUCAGGUCAUGGACUUCUCAGCUGUCCAAAAUCUCAAGCGAAACUCGAGAAUACCUUAUCGAAACAUACUCCAGAAGUGA